UCACUUGGCGGCGGUGGCGGCAGCAGCGGCGGCGGCAGCAUUGGCAGAGGCGGCACCACCAGAGGCGGCAGAGGCGGCACCACUAGAAGUGGCAGCAGCGGCAGCGGCGGCGGCGGCGGCAGCGGGAGCAGAGGCAGAGGCGGCACCACCAGAGGUGGCAGCAGCGGCGGCGGCGGGGCAGGCGGGCUGCUCAGCUCUCUGUCGGGGCAGCUGUGUGCCGACCAAGUGGCCCAGGCCGCCGGGCAGCGGCCACAGCAGCGGCCCGCUCCUUGCACCCGGGUUCCCCUCCUGUAGGCAGGCAGGCGCUCCUUGGGAGCUGAGCUGAGCGCAGCCGGAACCUGAGCCGGAGCCCGAGCCCAGCCGGAGCCAGCGAGGAGCGAGUGAGCGGAGCCGCCCCCAGAGGAGCUGUUCUCUGUGCUGCCCCCUCCGCUGCCCCCGCCCCGCCCGCUGCUGCUGCUGCUGCUGCCCAGCCUGCCUUGCAGUACCGUGGUGACAACAUGCCUUUGAAAUGGAAAACGAGCUCUCCUGCUAUCUGGAAAUUCCCAGUUCCUGUGCUUAAAACCUCCAGGUCAUCGCCACUUUCACCAGCAUACAUAUCUCUGGUGGAAGAGGAAGACCCUCACAUGAAAGUAUCUCUUGUUAACAGCGACAUGGGCAUGUCUGCCCACCUGCAGUCAUCCAAGGCAGGAACUACACGGUUUUUCACGAGCAAUACCCAUAGUUCUGUGGUAUUACAGGGCUUUGACCAGCUCCGAGUCGAAGGAUUGCUUUGUGAUGUGAGCCUUGUCCCUGGAGAUGGAGAUGAAGCCUUCCCUGUUCACAGGGCCAUGAUGGCAUCUGCUAGUGAUUACUUCAAGGCUAUGUUUACAGGUGGCAUGAAAGAACAAGAUUUAAUGUGCAUUAAGCUCCAUGGGGUGAAUAAAGUUGGACUGAAGAAAAUCAUUGAUUUCAUCUACACUGCAAAGCUCUCUCUCAAUAUGGACAACCUUCAAGACACACUGGAAGCUGCAAGUUUUCUCCAGAUUCUGCCCGUCCUGGACUUCUGCAAGGUGUUUCUGAUAUCAGGGGUCUCUUUAGACAACUGUGUCGAAGUGGGGCGCAUCGCCAACACCUAUAACCUCACAGAAGUGGACAAAUAUGUGAACAACUUCAUCCUGAAGAACUUCCCUGCCGUCCUGAACAGCGGCGAAUUUGUGAAACUCCCCUUUGAACGACUGGCCUUCGCGCUCUCCAGUAACAGCCUUAAGCACUGCAGUGAGCUUGAUCUCUUCAAGGCCGCCUGUCGCUGGCUCCGCGCGGAUGACCUGCGAAUGGAGUUCUCUUCCAAACUAAUGAAAAAUAUUCGCUUUCCCCUGAUGACACCUCAAGAUCUAAUUAAUUACGUGCAAACUGUGGACUUUAUGAGAACGGACAAUACAUGUGUGAACUUGCUUCUAGAAGCCAGUAACUACCAAAUGAUGCCCUACAUGCAGCCCGUGAUGCAGUCGGAGAGGACUGCCAUCCGCUCCGACAGCACUCACCUGGUGACCUUGGGAGGUGUCCUGAGACAGCAGCUAGUAGUCAGCAAGGAGUUAAGAAUGUAUGAUGAGAAAUGCCACGAGUGGAAAUCUUUAGCCCCCAUGGAUGCCCCACGAUACCAGCAUGGCAUCGCAGUCAUUGGAAACUUCCUCUAUGUCGUUGGUGGCCAGAGUAAUUAUGACACAAAAGGCAAAACAGCAGUUGACACUGUCUUCAGAUUUGAUCCUCGUUACAAUAAAUGGAUGCAAGUCGCAUCGCUGAACGAAAAGCGCACCUUCUUCCACCUGAGUGCCCUCAAGGGCCAUCUGUAUGCUGUGGGGGGCCGCAACGCAGCUGGGGAACUGGCCACAGUGGAGUGUUACAACCCGAGGAUGAACGAAUGGAGCUAUGUGGCCAAGAUGAACGAGCCCCACUAUGGCCAUGCUGGUACCGUGUAUGGAGGGAUGAUGUAUAUUUCAGGAGGAAUCACUCAUGACACUUUCCAAAAAGAGCUCAUGUGCUUUGACCCAGACACAGACAAGUGGACUCAGAAGGCUCCCAUGACCACAGUCAGAGGCCUGCACUGCAUGUGCACCGUUGGAGAAAAGCUUUACGUGAUUGGUGGAAACCACUUUAGAGGAACCAGUGAUUAUGAUGAUGUUCUCAGCUGUGAAUACUACUCUCCAGCACUCGAUCAGUGGACUCCAAUUGCUGCUAUGUUAAGAGGGCAGAGUGAUGUUGGGGUUGCUGUGUUUGAAAAUAAAAUCUAUGUGGUGGGUGGGUACUCUUGGAACAACCGCUGUAUGGUAGAGAUAGUCCAGAAAUAUGAUCCAGAAAAGGAUGAGUGGCACAAAGUUUUUGACCUCCCUGAAUCUCUUGGUGGUAUCCGGGCUUGCACCCUCACUGUUUUUCCUCCCGAAGACACCGCAGGGUCCCCUUCUCGAGAGUCGCCUCUGUCGGCCCCAUAAAAGCCACCCUGCGGGCUUGGGGGCUGCCGUCCUCUCUGGAUCUGGGGCUGGGGAUGCUCUUCCUCUUCUUGUCGCUCUUGUUGUUCUUAAGUAGUAUUUGUUAGGGCUCUCCUCCAGCACUUGGUCCCAUGACUGGCAAACAACCAGCGUUGAUGUUAUUUGUGAUCUUUGUUUAUUGUAGAAUGUUUAUCUGUGGUUAACAAAAGCAUCCUGAACAUGUAUUCAUCAGAGCCAAAUGUUUAACCAAUGAAAAAGCAAGGUAUUGUCUUUCAACUGUUUUGCUUCUGUACUGCUUUGUACAUCGAUGGGGUGGGCGGGAAGCGUGGGGUCAGCUUAUGAGAAGAAGCCCAACCAUUCACCUUGGCAGUGGGAUGUUGUCACUCGUGUGUAACCACAUUUUCUGUGCUUGAAGAUGGAAAGGUGUUUGCUUCUGGUUUUUUGACUGUGAGGGAGGCUAUCUGGGUGAGCUUGCCUCCCUCUGUUCAUGAAGUACUUUGGCCAUCUCCCUCUCUCUCUCUCUCUCUCUUUUGCUCUUGCCCUCGCUCUCGCUCUCUUGCUCAGCCCACCUGACCAGGUGGGGUAUAUUCCAACCAUAGGAAGUUGCUUAGACAGACAGGAGAACUUGUAAAAAUACACUUCCAGAAAGCAGCACAGCCUCAUCCCCAAGGCCAGGCUCGGGGCUGCCAUCACAGGCAUCAGUGCCUACCUUUUUUCAUGUCAGUACAAACAUACAACAUUCUAAGUUUUAAAAAUUGGAUGGUACUUCAAAUAAAUACAAAAACAUUUUUAAAUCUUCUUCCAAGAAGCAGUUUCCACUUAUCCCAACUGAUAAUCCAUGGGCAAUCAGUCCAGCCAUAUUGAAUUUCAGGGCAUAAGGGCCAGAAGCAUGUUCGUCCUGAGCAGACCGAUUUGUCCCAGCCUCGUUGUCCCUUUGGCUCCCAUGAAUCCUUCUUGUUCUCCUUGAUUGUUGUAACUUUGCGUAUUCUGUGUCCUUUCCACAGUCGCUUUAAUAAGGUUAUUUAGCACAAGAUACAUUUUGAGCAAGAGAGCUGCUUUUCUCUGUGAACUCAGACUUCCAUGUUUUAUCUUUUGUUCAAUAAAACUUUUAAUGUC